AUGGCGGACCUAAACAAGAGAGACCGUGCUCAUCUCCAUCCCUUCACCUCCAUCUCUAAGGAUCGUGCUCUGGGCCUCCAAAUAGAGCAUGCACAAGGAAUCCACGUCUACUCGAACCACGGAACAAAAUACCUCGACGCACUCUCGGGCCUAUGGUGUGUCAACGUCGGCUAUGGACAGUCGCAGCUUUGCGAUGCAAUCGAGAAGACGUCACGACAGAUCUCCUUUGCGCAUACGAUGUUCGGUACUUCGCACGAGGCUGUGACAUUACUUGCUGACAGACUUCUCCACCUUUCCAAGUCCGCAGACAGCAUCAACGAUGCCAAUACUAGUUCUAAUCCUAUGCGAAAAGUGUUUUUCGGUCAUUCCGGCUCAGAUGCCAACGAUACCAUCCUGAAAAUAGCCCGUCUAUACUUCUUGACCCAGGGUCAACCACGCCGGACCAAGUACCUCUCCUGUGUGGAUAGCUACCACGGCACGACUUUGUCAACGGCCAGUCUGUCGGGUCUACCGGGUCAUCAUCGCAACUUUGGCCUGCCGGAUUCUUCAUUCCUGCACGUUUCGGCACCAGAUGUGUUUGAUGCGCUCACGCGGCAGGGAUUCCUCUCUGAAGACGCUUAUGUUGACUAUUUGGUUGACGAGAUGGAGGAGGCCAUCACUGCCGCUAAUGCUGCUGGUGGAGACGGAGAGGAGACCAUCGCUGCGUUCUUUGCCGAGCCUGUUAUGGCCGUAGGGGGAAUUUUACUUCCACCGGCGACGUACUUCCCGCGGAUCAAGGCCGUGCUGGACCGACACGGCACCUUGCUCAUCGUUGAUGAUGUGAUCUGCGCUUUUGGGCGGCUCGGACACUGGUUUGGUUGGCAGACUACUAACGUUCAGCCGGACAUGGUCUCCUUGGCCAAGGGUCUGACGAGCGGGUACAUGCCUAUGUCGGCGGUGUUAGUUGGCGAGCGUGUCUGGUCAGUAUUCGAGCGGUAUGAGUCUCAAAUUGGUGUCUUUGGUCAUGGUUUCACCAUGUCAGGCCAUCCAGUAGCUGCUGCGGCUGCAUUGGCGAACAUCGACUUCAUUGAGGAGAACAAACUUCUGGACAGGGCCAGGGAGAUUGGUUCAUUCCUGCUGCAGACCUUGACGAACGCUACUCGACACAUUGCCACCGUCGUAAAUGUGAGAGGGAGAGGGAUGCUCGUAGGAAUGCAGCUGGCCGGGCUAGAUGCCAGCGAGGUCUCCCGCCGUUGUCUAAGCAUGGGUUUGAUCGUUCGGGCUAUUGUCGGACGGAACACAGUUGCGCUGGCUCCACCGUUGAUCACCACCAUGGCAGAUGUCCUGAUCAUCGUGGAAACGAUCUGUAAGGCUCUGUCUAGUAGUCAGCAGUAA